CAAAAGUGAACCAGAAAUUAGUGUUAUAAUUAGAAAUUAUCUGUCUACACCAUAUAACCUAUACAAUAUACAAAUAAUAAGACCUAGAUUAUAUGUAACUAGAGAAGACCCAACCUCUCUUCUUCCUAAUACUCCUAUUCGUUUGGUAGUUCCUCAAAAUGCUAAUUCAGUUGGAGUAUCAGCUGUAGGUCAGACAUUCUGUAUAUUGCAAUUGAUUCACAAGUCUGCUUGCAUAGCUGAUUAUGACUUUUCUACAGGAUAUCCUCAAUAUGAUGAUGUGUUGAAAGCUGAUGGAGAAAUUCGACCUAUCUGGAUAUUAUUAGUAGAUGGUAGAUCAGAAGAAAAUCCAAGACAUUUAAAAAAUAUUAAAUUAUACAUUCAACUUUUUGAAGCUACAUUAUCUGAAAAAUUGGCAGGUAUUACACUACCAAUCGAUCACUUUGGGAUACACCUAAAUUCACAAGAAAAAGUGUUUAAUCCAAAGUUGACUAUUCAAAACUUUCAAUAUGCCAGAAAGGCACUUUGUGAUAUUUGGUGUC